CAGCCCUCCCCAGCGUAGCGCAAGCGCCGCCAGAGCGCAGUGGACGUGGGCACUCCAGGGAGGCCGGGGGCGGGGAGCCAGCAGGCCGUCCCCAGCGCCUCCAGCUCUAGGAGCCUGGAAACAGGGAGAGAGGGCGCUGCCAGAGAAGCAAAAACUGCAACGUCAAACUUCUGGAGAACCACCUCGGGCUAUCAGUCCUUCCUUCGAGCCCACAGCGGCUCAGAGCAUGGACGCGGUGCUGCUAGAGCACUUCCCCGGGGGCCUUGACGCCUUCCCAUCUCCUUACUUUGAUGAGGAGGACUUCUUCACCGACCAGUCCUCUCGGGACCCUCUAGAGGAUGGCGAUGAGCUGCUGGCUGAAGAACAGGCCGAGGUGGAGUUCCUCAGCCACCAGCUGCACGAGUACUGCUACCGUGACGGGGCGUGCCUGCUGCUGCAGUCCGCGCCCUCGGAGGCCCCACACGCACUUGCCCUGCCGCCCUCCGGGGACCCAGGCGAGCCAGACUGCGGUGGCGGUAGCUACUGCUGCGAGGCGGGGGCGCCCCCCGGCGGCUUUCCCUACUCGCCCGGCUCGCCACCCCCGUGCCUGGCCUAUCCGUGUGCUGGGGCUGCGGUGCUGUCUCCGGGGACCCAGCUGCGGGGCUUGAGCGGGGCUGCGGCUGCGGCUGCGGCACGGCGGAGGCGGCGGGUGCGCUCGGAGGCGGAGCUGCAGCAGCUGCGGCAGGCGGCUAACGUGCGCGAACGGCGGCGCAUGCAGUCCAUCAACGAUGCCUUCGAGGGGCUGCGCUCUCACAUCCCCACGCUGCCCUACGAAAAGCGCCUUUCCAAGGUGGAUACGCUGCGCCUGGCCAUCGGUUACAUCAACUUCCUCAGCGAGUUGGUGCAGGCCGACUUGCCACUGCGCGGCGGCGGCGCGGGGGGCGGCCGGGGGUCCUGUGGUGGCGGACGCCUGGGCGGGGACAGCCCGGGGAGCCAGGCCCAGAAGGUCAUCAUCUGCCAUCGGGGCACCCGGUCCCCCUCUCCGAGCGACCCGGAUUACGGCCUCCCUCCCCUCGCGGGACACUCUCUCUCAUGGACUGAUGAAAAACAACUCAAGGAACAAAAUAUUAUCCGAACAGCCAAAGUGUGGACUCCAGAGGACCCUAGAAAACUCAACAGCAAAUCUUCCUUCAACAACAUAGAAAAUGAACCGCACUUUGAGUUUGUGUCCUGAGGAAUCCCAGACUCGACUGAGGAUCUGAUUGUGUCUCUGUGCAUAGUGUACAUGUACAUAUCUAUAAUGUGAAUGUAAUUUAAGAAUCACGCUUUUUCUAAUGGCAAUCAACUGUUUCUUAUUUAUCUAUUUAUUGUGCUGUCAAGGUAAUGAAAUAGACUCUCUUUUAAAUAUAUAAUUUAUAUAAUUUAUCCUGAUUGUCUAAAAAUAUGCACUAGCCUAUGAUUCCCCCCAGCACCUUUGGCAGAACGUUGUUGGAAGAACUCUGUCCAGGAAACUUCGUGCUAAUUUAUUGUGAGAUAUGAUUUAUUUCUAAGCGAUGUUAAUAAAUGCUAUUUACACCUUU